UACCCUAAGAGCGAUCUGCGGAAUCCUUUUUAAUGAUAGAUGCCAUAUUCAGGACGGAGCAGUCCGGAUCGAUCCUGUUCUCUCCGUGGCAACCACAAGCAGAUGGCUGACGAAGCCACCCGGCGUGUUGUGUCUGAAAUCCCGGUCCUGAAGACCAACGCCGGACCUCGAGAUCGCGAGUUGUGGGUGCAGCGACUCAAGGAGGAGUACCAGUCUCUUAUUCGGUAUGUGGAGAACAACAAGAAUGCUGACAAUGAUUGGUUCCGACUGGAGUCCAACAAGGAGGGGACUCGGUGGUUUGGAAAAUGCUGGUAUAUCCAUGACCUCCUCAAAUACGAGUUUGACAUCGAGUUUGAUAUUCCUAUCACAUAUCCUACUACUGCUCCAGAAGUUGCAGUCCCUGAACUGGAUGGAAAAACAGCAAAGAUGUACAGGGGUGGCAAAAUAUGUCUGACUGAUCACUUCAAGCCUCUGUGGGCCAGGAAUGUGCCAAAGUUUGGAUUAGCUCAUCUCAUGGCUCUGGGGCUAGGUCCUUGGCUGGCAGUGGAAAUCCCGGAUCUGAUUCAGAAGGGCGUGAUUCAGCAUAAAGAGAAGUGCAACCAAUGAAGGAUCAAGCCACAGAGGCAGGAUAACCGGACAUUUGAUAGGCUACAUUUCCUGCAUGGAUCUUCUUACUUAUCUGCUUCCCCCCUUAACCCAUAAUUGUUACUAAGUAGCUAUAGCAAACUUUAAAAAAUGACACUAGUGUUGCUACAAAAUUUCUAAAUCUAUGCAGGAAGGGAAAGCCUUCGGGUUUGAAAAAUGACUAGUCAAUUUCUACUUCUUCGGACAGGUGAAGUAAUAUGAGAUCCUAGAGGGAUAAAGGUUACUGAAAGUGGGUAUGUUCUCCUUUUGGUUUUUGGAGAUAACUUGUCAAUAAAAUCUUCUGGUGA